CCCGCCCUCCGCUCGCCUGGCCCGGACCGGAAGCGGCGCCGCACGGCCUGGGCCUGGCGCGGGGGGCGGGCACCGGGGCCCGGUCGGACAUGGGCAAGAAGCACAAGAAGCACAAGUCGGACAAACACCUCUACGAGGAGUACGUAGAGAAGCCCCUGAAGCUGGUCCUCAAAGUGGGAGGGAACGAAGUCACCGAGCUCUCCACGGGCAGCUCGGGCCACGACUCCAGCCUCUUCGAAGACAAGAACGACCAUGACAAACACAAGGACAGAAAGCGGAAAAAGAGAAAGAAAGGAGAGAAGCAGGUUCCAGGGGAAGAGAAGGGGAGAAAACGGAGACGAGUGAAGGAGGAUAAAAAGAAGCGAGAUCGGGACCGUGUGGAGAAUGAGGCAGAAAAAGACCUCCAGUGCCAGGCCCCUGUAAGAUUAGACUUGCCUCCUGAGAAGCCUCUCACAAGCUCUUUAGCCAAACAAGAAGAAGUAGAACAGACACCUCUUCAAGAAGCUUUGAAUCAACUGAUGAGACAAUUACAGAGAAAAGACCCAAGUGCUUUCUUUUCAUUUCCUGUGACUGAUUUUAUUGCUCCUGGCUACUCCAUGAUCAUUAAGCAUCCAAUGGAUUUUAGUACCAUGAAAGAAAAGAUUAAGAACAAUGAUUACCAGUCCAUAGAAGAACUAAAGGAUAACUUCAAACUAAUGUGUACUAAUGCUAUGAUUUACAACAAACCCGAGACGAUUUAUUAUAAAGCUGCAAAGAAGCUAUUACACUCAGGGAUGAAAAUUCUUAGCCAGGAGAGAAUUCAGAGCCUGAAGCAGAGCAUAGAAUUCAUGGCAGACUUGCAAAAAAGUCGAAAGCAGAAAGAUAGAACAGACACCUCGCAGAGUGGAGAGGACAGUGGCUGCUGGCCGAGAGAGAGGGAAGACUCUGGAGAUACUGAAGCACAAGCCUUCAAGAGUCCCAAUAAAGAAAACAAAAAGAAAGAUAAAGAUCUGCUUGAAGAUAAAUGUAAGAGCAAUAAUUUAGAAAGAGAGCAGGAGCAGAUUGACCGAAUUGUUAAGGAAUCCGGAGGAAAGCUGACCAGGCGGCUUGUUAACAGCCAGUGUGAAUUUGAAAGGAGAAAACCAGAUGGAACAACAACACUGGGGCUUCUCCAUCCUGUGGAUCCCAUUGUAGGAGAACCAGGUUACUGCCCUGUGAGACUGGGAAUGACAACUGGAAGGCUUCAGUCUGGAGUGAAUACUUUGCAGGGGUUCAAGGAAGACAAAAGGAACAAAGUCACUCCAGUGUUAUACUUGAAUUACGGACCCUACAGUUCUUAUGCUCCACAUUAUGACUCCACAUUUGCAAAUAUCAGCAAGGACGAUUCGGAUCUAAUCUAUUCAGCCUAUGGGGAAGACUCUGAUCUUCCCAGUGACUUCAGCAUCCAUGAAUUUUUGGCCACGUGCCAGGAUUAUCCAUAUGUGAUGGCAGAUAGUUUAUUGGAUGUUUUAACAAAAGGAGGCCAUUCUAGAACCCUGCAAGAGUUGGAGAUGCCAUCACCUGAAGAUGAAGGCCAGACUAGGAUCCUUGACACAGCAAAAGAAAUGGAGCAGAUUACAGAAAUCGAGCCAUCGGGGCGUUUAGACUCCAGUAAUCAGGACAGGCUCACAGCACUGAAAGCAGUAACAAAUUUUGGGGCUCCUGUUGAAGUGUUUGACUCUGAAGAAGCUGAAAUGUUCCAGAGGAAACUUGAUGAGACCACCAGAUUGCUCAGAGAGCUCCAGGAAGCCCAGAAUGAGCGGCUGAGCACCAGACCCCCUCCCAACAUGAUCUGUCUCUUGGGUCCCUCUUACAGGGAAAUGCAUCUCGCUGAACAAGUGACCAAUAAUCUGAAAGAACUUGCCCAGCAAGUCACACCAGGUGAUAUUGUCAGCACGUAUGGAGUUCGAAAAGCAAUGGGGAUUUCCAUCCCCUCCCCUAUCGUGGAAAAUAACUUUGUAGAUUUAACAAAAGAUUUUGAAGAACCUAAAAAGACUGAUGUUGCUGAGUGUGUACCUGAUGGGAUUUGAAGCUAACUGAUGGAAAACAGCCUUUUCAGCUCUAUUUACCGGAAUGCCUGUGCGAGAAAUGCAGAAUGCUGUUGCUGCCCUGCUGAGGAGAAAGGAGUACCCAGCCCAUCCUGGACAGCUUGUCUCAGUUCUGUACCUAGAAAAGGUCCUACUGGCGUAGUUUGCAGGCCAUGGCAGGGUAUGUCCAGCUCAUGCUCUGAGACCUCCACAGCACCUAGCGGGCUGAGGAUCUGAAGCUCACGAGUGAGCAUAUCCACGCUGUCUGGAGGCUGUGUUGCAGACUCAGACCACGCAGUUUCUGGCUGCCUGUGUGUGGCAAGGCUCAGUGGUCGCCUCGGGCUGGGGUCAGACGCAUUCCAAGAAAUCCUCUAGCACAAGUGCAAGGAAGCCAUCUGCCGGAGUAGUGAUGGCCAAACCCUUGGAAUGCCUUUGUGACUGGCAUGGGGCUGAAUGCUCCCCUUGGCUUGCCUCAGGGAAGGAAAUGCACUUCUAGCAUGUUCUGCACCUACCAGAAGCCCUCAGUUCAGUCCCAACCCUUGGAACUUGGCAGUGUCUGUACAGACAAAGUAAGUCCUCAGUUCGCCUUUGCCUUUGACGUUGAUCAGUCCUCGGCAUUCGCAAGAAUAACCUAGUCCCUGGAGGAUGGUGCAUGUCUCUUCAGUAACCUGAGAGGAAAAGGAUAGCGGUCCUGGGAAGCAGGAAGAACACCUGCUGUUGGGUAGAAACCAGCCCCAAGCAGCGUGUCAGGGCUGGGAUCCCAUAGCUGACUGAUGCCCAGGCCCCUUGCCUGUGGGACACUCCUCCCUGUGAUCACAAGCUGCCCCAGCUGGGUUGUACCUGGAUCUUGCCAAGUUCUCCAGUGCUCUCCAUCCGGCUGGCGACAUUGACGGUGUUUCCCCAGAUGUCAUACUGAGGCUUUCGGGCCCCAAUCACUCCAGCGAUCACUGGCCCAUGGUUUAUGCCUGAAGGUGACAUUUGCGGUUGGCAGGUCUGAGAGACCAAGCCUCAAACUCUGCCCUUGGCGGGGGCAGAGUCCAGCAGCAGUCACAGAAAGCACCGACUGGCAGCUGAAAUGGAGGUCAGAGGGGGCUUCCCAAGCCCAUGACAGGAGCUCUCCUCCGGGGUGUGGGGGAGGCACUCCCUGGGCAGCCCUCUUCCGCCUGCUUGCUCCAGGAGUCGGACUGAGGUGAGCAUCAGCUCCUUUCCCAACAGAGCAGGUGGGCUUUGAGCACCAGCCCUGCUAGCUAACACAGAGCAGUUAGUUCAUUAACUUUGCUUUGUUCUCAGGAUGUUUUAAGGUUUAUGGCGGGUGAUUUUGGGUUCUCCAUUUUCUGUAGUGUUCUAUUUUGAUCUCACAACUUUCAAAAGUAACUUUAUAAACAAUAUGCAGAGUAAUUGCCCAGUCGCCAGGGUGGUAAGACCAAGAGGAAUUUUUCAAACCUUUCCUGCUCAACAGUGAAGUGCAUCAUCCCAUCUGAGCGUGGGCUUGCCAGGAGGCAGGGCCACGGCCUCCCACCCCAAGCCCGGCCAACCCUCUGGGCCCUCACCAACUCGGAGGCGGAAGGAGUUGAAGGAAUGCCGGUUGAUGCCAUCCAGCUUGCUCAUCAGGGCGAUGCUGAACUCCACCAUGAUGCCAAUGUGCGCAUGUUGCCGCUCCAGGUCCUGCAGGACAGAGCGCUGUGCACAGGAGCCAUAGGAUCCCCGGCCCCGACUUCCCGCCUCCACCAGGUGUCAGGUGGGUGUGAGGCGCCUCCCCCAAACCAAGCCAUGAGGUCCUCGGCCCCUCCCUCACAGGACAGGAAGGGGUGUCCCUUUGAAGUCAGGUGAUAGGUCUGGGGACUGUUGAAUCCCCUUAAUAUGAGGCUGGGACAUGAGGCCACCUGCAUGGCUCAGUACCUGGUUCUCAGUCCCUGAGGGGCUGCUGAGCCCCGCAGCUGCCAUGUACGUGCUGCCAAUGGUCUUGAUCUUCUCAACACUGCUGAACUUGGGCUUUAGGAGCAGCUGUGGGGCAAAGGGACACCCAGGGUCUGAGAAGGGGUGGGGUCCAUCCCACCACUGCUCCUAAUGCCCGCCUUUCUCACGUCGGGCCUCCCCUUAUGAGAGCCGAGUACACACAUGGACAAGGCCUCUGGCUCUCUCCCUGCCCCCUUGGCCUCCCAUUCACCUCUGCAGUCUCAUUCUAAGGAGCAAGCGCAGCCCAGCAGGAUCUACCCAGGAAUGUCUAUUGUCUGCAACUAAAAAUUAAAGUCCAGGUGACUGGGUGGCUCAGUCCUUCAGGCUUCUGACUCUUGGCUUCAGGUUGGGUCACGAUCUCACAGUUGUGGGAUCAAGCCCCAUGUUGGGCUCUGCCCUGAGCAUGGAGCCUGCUUAAGAGUCCUUCCUUUCCCUUAGCCCCCUCCCACUGCUUGCAUGCGCGCUCACGUGCUCUCACGCUCUAAAAUCUUUUUUUUAAAAAAAGUCCAAACCGACUGCCUUCCUCUGGAACAGUUGAUGGCCUGGGCUUCACUGGGAAUCAAACUAUGGCAGUCCCCCUUAUCCAUUCCCCGACCCCGGAGGAGCCUGGAAGCACGGGCCCCUGGGCCCUACAUAACAUGUGCUCUCUCAUCCACGUACACGCCUGUGAUGAGCUUUAGUGCAGAAAUCAGGCGCAGUGAGAGAUUAACAGCGACUUAACAGUGUGCCCCAAUAAAAGUGACGUGAAUGGUCUUUCAAA